CCGCUGUCAUAUAGCGUGAAUAUUGCUGAGCGCGGCGUUAAACAACAACAAACAAAACAUGGUUGAUUGCCCAUCAUCGUGCGAUGGUGUGGAGUGUCACUAAUAAUGUCAAUCACUGGCUUGUCUGGUUAAGACCCUUAUCAACAUAACUUCAUAUAAAUAUUUGAAUUAUUCCUCCGUGCGGCGUUAAACAAGAAAAUAUUACAGUACUCGUUUAUGUGUAGGUUUACAAUGGCUGAUGAGGGUGACUCGGACUGGUCUGGAAGGAGUAGUCUUUCAAGUAUGGAAGAGUCUGCAUCCGUGGACUCAACAGAUGAAGAACUACAAGGAAACUCUUCUCUAUCCAUUGAAACUCCCUGGGCGAAGUUGACGAAUGCUGGUGAUGGUUUCUAGACGCGGCAACACUCAUGGCGACAACGCCUUGAUACUGAUGCUUCUAGUGAUGGUGGUGUCAUACAGUACAGAACACGUCUUUUGCCCUGAAAUAAGUCAGUUGGGUAUGCCUGUCAAUCUGACCUGUAAUAAAGCAGACAACUUAAAUGUCCAUUCCUACCUAACACCCAGUGGAAAUCCUGCUGCCUCGUGUGAUCUCGCAGAUGGAAGAUGUGUAUCACAGGGGGACUUCACAGCAUCUGUCAUCAAUACUACAAGCAGUGUCCUCACCAUACCCAGCGUGCUGCAGUCACAUGGAGGCGACUGGGCUUGUGUUGCAGACGCAGAUGACCCGCGCCCUUCUACUUGUCGCAUGACAGUUGCCAAGUUCCCGUCCUUCAACAUGGUAAGUGUCCAGGAAAGCAGCAGUCUGACUGUGGGACGGGAGCUGAAAGUGAACAUCACAGGCUUCUUCUGCUCUGAGGACAUGCAGCUCGAGCUGCUGACCGUGAUGGAUUCGUAUUCCACACCCCCUCUACACACCACAGCAGACAUCACUGAAAGGGCCUUCAACACGACAGGAACCCAGACCAAGCUUCUCUUUACCUGUGGCAGUCACACCCAGAGUUUGUCAUGUGAAGGUGUUCAACAACAGGGUCGCAAACAUGCAGAAUGUCCCUCAGCCGGCCUCCAGUUGUCCUCCCUUGUCCUCGGUAUGGGAACCAUGUUCAUGGUCAUCAGCCUCUGCCUGGGCUUCUGGUGCAUCUGCAGAUACUGCCCUAGUUCAGGUGGACGCACUAAUGAAAAUGACAAAAGUGACGAUCCAGAUAAACCAGCACCAGUAUCUUCAGUUGGUUCAGGGCCUGGAGAUGAUGCGUAUUGUAAUGCUGUCCUAUCAUCAGGAAAUGGCUACGCGUCCUUAAAGAGAAGAAAGGACUACACUGACACCAUCUAUGACGUGGCUGAGGAUUAUAUAUUAUCGUGGCCUGAAAACUGAAACCAAAUACUUUGACGGAUACCGGGACUGCAAUUACAAUUUCCAUCAUGCUUGGGCUUAAGUUGUCAAAUGAGAUACUAAUAUGUCGUGGUGCACUUGAUCAUUCUGCCAUAAUAUCAAUAUGUUGUAGAUGUGCUAUCUGUGAUUAACAGUUCGAGAAACAUCAUUCCUUUCGGACCAUAAAUAUAGAACAUCAAAAAAGUAAAUAUUAUUCAAAUGAUAUUACAGAUAAGGACAUUAGUUGCUUUGUUUUUUAUUAGAUGAUGUAUACUGUCAUGCUGACCUUUCAUCAGAAAUUGGCUACGCAUCCUUGAAGAGAAGAAAGGACUACACUGCCACCUUCUAUGACAUGGUUGAGGAUUAUAUGUAAUCUUGGCCUUAAAGGAACUGAACUGAAAUACUGAUACUCGGACAUCAAUUGCAAUUAUUGUUCACGCAUUCAUUGACAACGCUGAUAUUCUAUGACGUGGUUGAGGAUUAUAUGUAAUCUUGGCCUUAAAGGAAUUGAACUGAAAUACUGAUACUCGGACAUCAAUUGCAAUUAUUGUUCACGCAUUCAUUGACAACGUUGAUAUUCUAUGACGUGGUUGAGGAUUAUAUGUAAUCUUGGCCUUAAAGGAACUGAACUGAAAUACUGAUACUCGGACAUCAAUUGCAAUUAUUGUUCACGCAUUCAUUGACAACGUUGAUAUUCUAUGACGUGGUUGAGGAUUAUAUGUAAUCUUGGCCUUAAAGGAACUGAACUGAAAUACUGAUACUCGGACAUCAAUUGCAAUUAUUGUUCACGCAUUCAUUGACAACGCUGAUAUUCCAUGACGUGGUUGAGGAUUAUAUGUAAUCUUGGCCUUAAAGGAACUGAACUGAAAUACUGAUACUCGGACAUCAAUUGCAAUUAUUGUUCACGCAUUCAUUGACAACGUUGAUAUUCUAUGACGUGGUUGAGGAUUAUAUGUAAUCUUGGCCUUAAAGGAAUUGAACUGAAAUACUGAUAAUCGGACAUCAAUUGCAAUUAUUGUUCACGCAUUCAUUGACAACGUUGAUAUUCUAUGACGUGGUUGGGGAUUAUAUAUAAUCUUGGCCUUAAAUGAACUGAACUGAAAUGCUGAAACGUUGAAAUUCUGUGUAUACACAUAUUCCUAUGAAGCAGUGUUAUGUACACAAGCUGUUUACCACAGUUCAACUCAACAGCACUAUGCAUGUAUUGUAUCAUUCUUUUCAUAUCAAU